AUGAAAAUCUUCAAAAAUUUCAUUGUAAGCAUUUACAUCAUUUCCUUAUCAAGAAAAGAUAGCCAUAGUGGAUUUGGAGCUAAAUCUUUGUUGGGAGGAUUGCUUGGAGUUAGUGCUGGUGGUGGAGCAAUUGCUCGAAAGUACAAUUACAAAAGCAAUGUUUACAAUGAUGACGAACCUAACGACGGAAGAUUUCCAGAAAUUUCUGAGCAAAUUCUAGAAUCUGGAGAAAUCUUUGCAGAAGUUGGUGGAUUUCUUGGUCUUGGUGAUAAUCAAGUACUAUUAGGAUAUGCUGGAAGUGAAGGACUUCUGAAGGACAAUGAGGUUAUACUGAAUGGAGUAGUUUUAGCAACAGUUUUAAAUGAGCAAGUAUUUGAUACAAUUCUUGCACCACGGUUUCAAGAAGUGUCAAAUUUUGAAACUAGAAUGAAUAUUGAUGAGCAACAAUUCAGCCAAUUUCUUAAAUCAAUUUUGAUAUGUUCCGGAAAUGGAGCUAAUAUAAAUGAGAAGGACAUCAUUAAAUUUAUCAACUCUAUGUUUGAAAGCACAUCAAAUUCUAGAACUGCAGCAAAUGUUAAUGCAAACUUAGCAAACUCUGAAACUGGAGCAAAUAUAAAUGAGCAGGCGAUUAUUCAAUUUUUUAACUCUCUUUACGGAAGCACAUCAAAUUCUGGAACUGCAGCAAAUGUUAAUGCAAACUUAGCAUACUCUGGUACUGGAGCCAAUGUAAAUAAGAAACAGAUUAAUCAAUCUUUUAAUUCUAAUUCUGGAAGUACAAUAAAUUCUGGGUCUGGAGUAAAUUUUAAUGGAAAUGUAAACAGUGGCGUGGCUUAUGACGUACUAAUUAUGGAUUUCGUGACAAGGUUGCCAGCUCCCUUACGUCGAAAACUUUUAAAUUCUGUUUCUUUGCUUGAAGCAGUUUCUACUGACUCCAAACCUUCACUUGCGGAAUUGUCAUCAUCAUCUGGAAAAAUUUUAUAUGGGGAAGCUGGGGUUGACAUCAAUGAUGGAUGGAAUUCCAAAAGAAACGCUGGAAUUUCUGGAUUAUCAAAUUUUGUACAAGUUUUCAAAAGAUUAAAACCUAAACAAUGUACGACAAGCAACAACAAUAAGAAUCCUUUAGCUACACCCCUUGAGAAUGUUUCAAAAUAAUUGAUUCCAUCUUUGAAUGAUUUAUCCC